UAAUAAUAUUAUUUAUAAAAGAAUCGCAUUGUUCUUUCUCACUUUAAUAAAGUAUUAAUUAUUUUCUUAUCAUUUUUAGCUAAAAAAAAGCUGUGAUUUUGAUUUUAAUGGUGAUUCUGCUGAGUGUCGUGUAUUCGUUAUACCCGAGAUGAAAUGCCCAUGUUCAUUUUGCGUCUAGGCGGUCUAGAAUCAAGUGGCCUUUUGUCUCUUCUUUUUGUUACAUGAUCAAGAUAUAGAGAUUUGUUAGAGCUUUGAAGGAAGUGAAUUUUUUUAUCGAGAUCUGCAGCAUUUUGGGUUGCUGGGACUUCUCUUUUCUGAUUCUGUCUGGGUUCUUCGUACAAUUUUCCUUGGAGAACAAUUUUUGGUUUGAUUUUCUCAGAGCUUCAUUUGGUGCUUUGGGUGUUUGAGAGGGAGCUGUAUGCUGUUUGCUUGCAGAUGUAAAUAUGGAAAGGAAAAGGGUGAUCUCUCAAUACAGAGAGAGGCUAGACAAGACGCUGGCGUCUGCUGAACUGACCAAUUCAGAGACACUUAAAACCCUUGUCAAGAAUCAGAUUUUACGACAUGCACAACAUGAGAAAGAGGAAUUUAGUGAAACUUUAUUGGACAAAAGGGCUCAGGAAGUAUCAAAUUUUCUUGACAUGUUAAGGAGUACUUCUAUUGAUGAUCAUCAGGUUUCAAAAUCCAGUGAGACAUCACAUGGUGAAUGGAAAUUGAAGCAUGAUAAUGAAGAGUUCCGUGUCAUGUACCGUGAAGGACCUCACGGCACUCCCUUUCAUACAUUACUCGUUGAAGGCUAUGUAGAUGGGCCUUUGGAUGUUUGUUUAUGUAUCUCUUGGGAGUCAGCCCUCUACAAGAAAUGGUGGCCACAGUCUAGCUUUCCAUCUUUCAAAGUAACUAGUUCCACCUGUUUGCAAAAGGUCCAAAUUGGUGAACAGAUAUCUCUAGUGAGGGUGAAGGUUGCGUGGCCACUGUCAGCUAGGGAGGCUCUAGUACACUAUUUUUUCUUUGAGUACUUUCAAGAUGAUCUGAUUGUCAUUCUUGUGAACACGAUCUCAGAUGUGAGCAGCAUUGAUAAAGCAACUCAUGGAUUUACUAAUGAAGGGAUCCCUGAAGCUAAGGAUGUUGUAAGGAUUGACUUAGUGGGGGGCUUUGCUUUGCAGAAGGUGACAAAUGAAAGAAGCUACUUUAGGACAAUAGCAAAUAUGGAUAUGAAGCUGGAUUUCGUCCCUCCAUCACUUAUAAAUUUUAUCUCAAGGCAGCUCGUUGGAAAUGGUUUCAGACUCUAUCAAAAGACUGUGGCUUCUGUGUCUAAUUAUGAUGAAGAUUACUGCAAGGCCUUGGGGGAACCUCUGUAUACUCUAAUACAUGAAGCUCUUUACUCCAGUAAUGCAUCAGGUGAGGUUCUGGAAGGACAAGAGCGCAAAAGUGAAGCCCACCUUGUGCCUAAUGAAUAUUUAAUUGAAGGCAUACAAGAUGACACACAUGAUAUAAAACGGAAGGUUCAUGUUAAUGACCAUGCUGGUGAAACGCCACUGGGGAAAGCACAAGAUACAAAGAGAAAAGCUUUUGGUGAAAUUGAAGAAGAAGAAAGUGAAGAAAGUACAUGCCUAGAGGAAGGUGUUGAGGCUGUAAAUCAACCUUCAACCUAUGAAUUUGCUGAUACAAAUGGUGUAAAUGCUAAAAAAAGGAUUUAUAUUCGUCCAGAGGUGGAAGAAGCUCUAGGAACACUGGAGAAGGCCAUUUCAAUAGUACGGCAAUAUGGAUUUAAUGCCCAAAGCAGGUCUUCUAGUUUCUCUGAUGAAGAACCUCCAACUUUGGAAGAGGGGGCUGUAGAGGACUUGGCUUAUGCUGCAGAUGGCAAAGUUUGUUUAAAAGUGCAGGUUGGUGUUGAAGCCGCCUCCAUAAAGGUUGCGGAGAGGACUUUGCAUGACUCCAGGAACAGCAGUGACAUCAAUAACACAAGGUCUGCAGGAUCAAAUUCAUUUUCGAGGGAAGUUAACCAUAAAAAAGUAGCACCGGCAACACCUCAGCAAAAUGUAUCAAUACCAGUUGUGACUAACCAGGUUGCUUUGAAUUCCAUCAAGGCGAAUGGAUUCCAUGAAAAUGGUGUACAUGAUGUAAAAAAUUCGACCAACUGGAGAAAGCAUAGGUUCUGUUGCUUUGGCUUCCAUUCAGGGUAGCGGAUGCCUCAACUAGGAAGAUACCUGGAUUGCUGAAGAAGUUGAGACUUGUGAACCCCUCAGCAUGAAGACUUGAGAGUGGAAAUUUAACAUCUUAUACCAAAAUUACCCCUCUUUUUCUGUAACUUUAAUUAUUUGUGUAAUUUUUAUUCUCUUAAGAAGAGUGUACUCAUGACCUCUUUCUUUUUCUUAGGAAGUGAUGUAUAAAUGCAUAAUGCAUUGCCCCAUUAUUGGUUAUAGUUGUAAUCCGAAACACUAAUAAUAAGUUGAAACUACACAAUUUCUUGGUUUAUUCUAUUCA